UUUAUUUCAUAUUUUUCUAGGUUAGGGCACAUGUUGAUGAAUCACUCCAGUCACUCUGGGUUGAGAGUAAAUAAACAAUAGAUGGUUAUAAAUAAAAUUAAUAUCAUAAGUGAUUCCUCUUGAAUAUUAUUAUGUGGUUGACAAAAAAUGUGUUAUUCAAAGGGGUGGUCAAUGGGUGCAUUAUAAACAAAUUAAGAUUCUGUCCAGUUAGAAGGUACUCCCCUCAUAGGCCCUCAUCAACUUUUAGUGAAGAAGAGGAGACUGUGAUAAUAGACACAAUAAAUAAAUGCGAAGCCGGUGAUUUCGCAAGGUUUGAUAUAAAGGAAGGACAGCUGAGGAGAUUACUCGCACAGAGGAACAAGAAUGGUGGAUUCAGGGAUUUCAAUGACAUCCUGAUGACCCAGGAUAUACCCUCUCUGGUGAAAUUCUGCAAGUCGAUACUCAGGGGAGGGAAAGUCAUUCGCAAUUCCAAGAGUAACACCCCAAAGAGUAUUGUCAUCCCCCCAAUUGCUGACGCAAAUCGAUCUGUAAUUAAAACUGUUCUGGGACUUCACGUGUGGAGUGAUUCGGUGAGUUGGGCCCUUUUGGAGCCUGAGGGCCAGAUCACUCAGUGGGAUCACGAGAAGUUUGAUAAUCUUUAUAAAAUCAAUGUGGUGUCAUUGGUCGAUCUGAUAGCAGAUCUGACAUUACGUCUGCCCUGUGCAGAUGCCUGUGUGAUGGAGGCAGAUAGAUACACCUCUCUAGCAAAAUUAAAACCAACUGUCUACCACAUGCACCUGCUGAGACAGCAGAUCAUCGCGAUGAUCAUGAGUGGAAUCAGAAUGAAGAAAUCCAUAGCAGGUAAAAGUCUCUCGACUACUUUUUAUCUCAUGCAAGCUCGAUCCCCGGCAAAAAUAUUUAACUUGAAUCUGGGGAAUGAGACAGUCUCCGCAGGGAGUCUCAUCCAGAAAAUAAUCAAAGAUCACCAGGUAAUGUAUCUGCCACACCUCCCACCAGUUGUCAUUAACCCAGGAAUCGUGGAGAGAUACAAUUCCUAUGACGCAGCUCUUCGAGAGCAGAUGCACUCUGUUCUACUCCUCACCCUGGCAUUUUACAAUCAGAUUUAUGUCAAAAGUAAUAUCAAGGACGAAUUAACGUCAACAGAAUUAGUAAUCUAAUUAAUUGCUAAUACCAUUAUAAAUAAAUAGAAAUAAAUAUAAAUAAAUAAAUAAAGA